AUGCAAUUCAAAUACUUGAUUUCUGUCGCGGUUUUAUUAACUCUUACUGUUGCUCUACCAGCUGAGGGUAAAGAUGGAGAGUUUCAAUUCGCAGGUACUUCCGGAACAAGAGCCAACAAUGGAGACUUUAAAGGCAAAAGUGGUAAAUUACUUUAA